AUGGCCGGGACUCAUCUGCACGCUCUAGUGAUAUUAGCUACCGAACUUCAACAGGCUCUUGUCAAUGGUGACUGGACCCGUAAGUCUCUGAAGCGGGUCUAUUGUUACUGUCCUCAUGCAAAAAUAGCAUUCGACUUGGAUACGGUCAAGCUUCUCAUGUCCAUGUUUGAUACCGAUCGCUCCGGAACCAUUGGUACAUAUCGCGUGACCUCCCAAUUAGGAAUAGCCUUGCUCAUCGUCACCAACAGGAUUCAACGAAUUCCAGGGACUCUUGAGAUACAUCAAGGACUGACCGCUCUGGAACGAUCCAAGGCCAAGAACUCAACGCUGCCCUCUCUCAAUUCGGGUUCAACCUCAGCCCACAACUCUUGGGUCUCUUGGAGAGGAAUCUUCUCCCCUGAAAAAAAAUCAGCUUCCGAACCAGCCGCUCCCCAAGGUCAUGGUGGAUAUGGAUUUAGGCCCCCUCAGCCAACCGGAAUCACGUUUGACCGCUUUGUUCGCUGCUGUGUCGUCGUCAGGCAAUUGACAGAAUCCUUCCAGAGGUAG